UUGAUGGUAAAUGCUUCGGAACCGGCAAUCCAACUACCGAAGAGGUAAUUACUACCAUAGCAGAAGCUUCUUCAAGAGAUGUAGAUUUAGUAGUAGAGGCUACUACUAGAGCAUUUUACAAUGUUUGGUGUCAUGUUGAUGGAAGAGAACAUGGAAAACUAUUGAAUAAACUUGCUGAUCUUAUAGAACAUGAUUUGGAUGAUUUGGCUGCUCUAGAAGCUCUGGACAAUAAGAAAGUUUUAGUCUCUUUAAAAGUUGCUGAAUUAUGUAAAGAAGCUGGUUUUCCUAAGGGUGUUAUCAAUGUUCUUUCUGAUUUUGGUACAACGGGAACCACUAUGGCUAACCACAUGAAUAUUGAUAUGAUCACCUUUACCGGUAAAAAUUGUUAA